UUAGUAUAUUCUGCCACGGUCACACAUCGCACGUGUUGGAUGUUUUUAUUUCAACUGAAUUCAAACAAUUCACAAUGAAGCAAAAACACGGGAAAAGCAGGGCCAAGCCGUACAAGAAACCAGUCCCAGCGCGGCGCAAUGAAAGGUUCUCCAAGAACUAUAGCUUCAUACAGCGGAGCAAGCAGAUGGAGGAGACGCAUCGCAGGGAGAGGGUACCCGCAUCAGCGCCGCAGAAGGAAUAUGAGCCCGUAGCCGAGCUCCUGCCGGAGAUUCAGGAAGACGUGGACGAGGCUGGAUUCUACAAGCAACUUGUGACGGGAUUCAAUCACAUACCCACAAGUCACAUGCUGAGUUCAAGCACAGACGAGCCUGUUGCCUCCGCACCGAAAAAGAAAAUAAAGCCUAAGAAGGAUACAGGUUCAGAAAAGCUUAGUGCAGACCUAGAAACUUGUAAUUCGUUUUCCAAGCGCUUCGAUUUUGAGCUGUCCACAGAGAACAUCAACGAUUUGAUGGCCAAGAAAGAUGUCAAGUCCAUCAAGAGUAACUGGACUGCGUUGGGCAACGUGAGGUUUGAGAUUCCGCAACUAUCCUCGUCCGAUAUCAAAGACCACCCGGAGUGCUGUGAACCCAAAGAAAUUGCCACCUCCGCAGACCUUCAAAGAUUGGAGGUAAAACAGUCUAUUUGCGGAAACGCCACGCUCCCGCUCACCGCCCUGCAGUCUGAAUUGUUUUACAUUGCGAACAACUAUCAGGACCUGUACUAUCCCCAGCGAAGCCACGCCAAUGCCGAGGAGAUCCGAUACGUAUAUUGCCUGCAUGCACUUAAUCACAUGCUAAAGGUCAGAUCGCUUAUAUUGCGCAAUAACGAAAAGGUUUCGGCUUUGGCCAAGUCCAUGAAAUUGUCGCCCAACGAAAUCUCCAUACCGGAGAGUUUCCGAGACCAAGGACUGAAGCGGAUGAAGGUGGUGUUCAUUGUGCCAUUUCGGGAAUCAGCCCAAAGGAUAGUCAACACAAUCGGGGAUCUACUGUUUGGAAGCCAGGAUGAUAAGGCUAGAAACAAUUCGAUUGCCAACUAUGAACGUUUUCUUGGAGAUUACUCUGGGAACACGAUAUACUUCCCAAAAACUAACCCCAAGCCGGUGGAUUACGAGCAGACCUUCAGUGGCAACACAGAUGACAACUUUAAACUGGGAAUUCGUUUUACCAAGAAGACAAUGUCUCUCUUCUCCGAUAUGAACUCCUCCGAUAUGCUAAUCGCGUCUCCUUUGGGACUGAGGAUGCUCGUAACGGACAAGGAUAAUGACUUUGACUUUUUGAAUUCGAUUGAGCUGCUAAUAAUUGACCAGGCCGAGCUCUUUCUGGCCCAGAACUGGGAGAAUCUUCUCCAUUCGCUGGACCACCUGCACCUGCAGCCGCAGAAGCUGCCCGAUACCAAUUGCCAGCGGGUUCGGACGUGGUGCCUGAGUGGAGCGUCUAGCUUCUACCGCCAAACGCUUUUGUUCUCAUCACAUGAGCUCCCAGAGUUUCGGGCGGUGCUCAAUGGUAAAUGCAAUAACUACCAGGGAAAGGUAAGAAUUGCCAAUCUGGUUGAGCAGGGCGACAUACGCAACGUGCUCACGCCGAUCGAGCAAGUUUUCCAGCGAAUCAGUUGCUCCAAUGUGGAGGCAACAUUCGACGAUCGCUUCCAGUAUUUCGUCAAGCAUAUUAUGCCCCAAUUCAGCAAGCCAGGAUUCUCUCACUGCAUGCUGUACGUGCCCAGCUACUUUGAUUACGUACGGAUACGAAACCAUUUCAAGACCGAAAUGGUCAGUUUCGUGCAGAUAAAUGAGUAUACAAAGAAAGAAAAAAUUUCCCGGGCGAGAGAUAUAUUCUUUCACAGCGGAGCGUCUGUUCUACUAUACUCGGAAAGAGCACACUUCUUCCGGCGCACACGAAUUAAGGGUAUCCGGAAUUUGAUUCUAUACCAGCCGCCCAAUUUUCCCCACUUUUACUCUGAAAUGAUCAAUUUGAUGCUUGAAUCGAAUCAGAAUCCGCGGGAUGGCUUCGGGGAAGCGAUGUCCGUGAAAAUUCUAUACACAAAAUAUGACCUUCUCAGCUUAAGUAAUAUUGUUGGCAGUGAAAAUGCUGUCAAAUUGACCUCGGGAAAGAAGGAUUCCUACCUAUUUUCGACCAAGUCAUGAGCAUAAACUGCGGAUGUGUACAUACUUACUUUAGUUGCAAGUAAAUUAAAUCCUUUUAAAAGAAAAACCAAA